AUGGCCGAAACCCCAACGAAGCUCAAAGAACUUCUGGUUGUGACCCCACACUCUCGACGUGUGACGCAUAAACGAGCGUCGAUACCUUCACCCGAACUGUCAUCUCCUGACAACAUAUGCAUCAUGUCCCCCGAUUCUGUGUUCUCUUCGGAGCAGGAAGUUGUCUGUCUGAGUGACUCGCCCUUGCUUGCACCGUCAAAGAAUCUUUUCCCGCUAGGUGAGGCUACUAUCAAUAUGAGGUCCCAGGUACCGGAGUCAGAGUCUCCAGUAAUCCAGAUUCCGCCGUCUCGUCAUGUGGUCCUACCCUUCAACCUACGUGAAAAGCGAACUUUCCACCACGAUUCUGAUCAGCUUAUGCAACUGUUUCCUGGCACGAAGAAAAUUCUAUUUGAUGGCUAUUUCUUGGUGUUUUUGCUCGACUCCCUACCCCCAAAGCCGUGGCCGCUGACCAUUGCAGGUGUUCGACCAUAUUUCACAACGGACCCGAAUGAUGAGGGUCCAAUGCCAUCGAUGAAACGAAUGAGCAAAUCGCGUCUUUUUAUAGACGCUGAAAUCGACAUUACCCACCUUCCGCCUUCUCAAGUUGACAAUGCAUUUAGGCUCGUAUUUGAUUUCUUUACGAAAGCUCAAAUCUCCAUUACCCAAGUUCAGUACUGGGGCAAUUUCUUCAUGAUUGUACUGGAGAAUGAGGAUACGGAUCUUACUGCAGUUCCCCGCUCGAUUGGCUGCUGUAUCUGUUUUUAUCUGUUUGAUAAUGAGGUACGACGACCGACACAGGACCAACUUCCAGCCCGCAGGCUUACAGAAUCGACUGGCGAUGUUGUCGAUAAUAGCAAGUAUGAUAUCCUGCGUCCCGGCGUCAUGUUGAGCUCUGGUAUGCGUUCUCCUACCGAACACGAGUAUCUUUCUACUUCUGGUGCACUUAUUGAGGACUCUAACUCCGGCAAGCGGUAUAUCACUGUUGCUUCCCAUGGGUUUCCAUAUGGCGACAAAGUUUUCCAUCCGAGUGCUAACGGUGAAGAGAUCGGUCAAAUCAUCAUGAAGAUCACACAUACAGACGUCGCAAUGGCGAAAUUGCAUGACGAUGUCCCGUAUGUGAAUGACACUUUCGAGAGCUCCAUUGAAGGAAUGCAACCUACCCAGUUACGAAAUUUCGCCACUGUGGAUAGCUUGAUGCCUGGUGAUAUGGUCUACAUGAAUAGCCCCUUUGUUGGUUAUUCUGAAGGUGUCUGUGGACCUCACACCCGCGACCGAAUUCCCUGUGAUGACUCUAGCCAACCUUCAUUCCAAUGGAUUAAAACUCGCUGGUGCUAUAUGGGUCAAGGGUCCACCGAAAGUCUCCAAGAUGGUGUCUGUGGAUCUGCGAUUUGGGAUAAGGAUGGAAACGUGAUUGGGUUCUUCCGUUUUGCACCGACGUCCGGUCACUUUUUAGACUGGUCUUUCUGUGUCGGAGCUGACCAUGUCAUUGAACGUGGCUUCAAGAUUGCGAAAUAG